AUGGCAGGUUCAGCUGAGCACGAGGAGGACCUUGACCUAGUGAGAUUAGGUACAGGUGACCAUCCUCCAGGGAACUCCCAGGUGGCCAACACUCUGAACAUCAUCACAGGACAGGCCGGACAAGGAACACUAGGAAGAGAUACUCUGGAUUUACGCACAAACGAAGCGAGGAAGAUGUUCGUUCAAACUGAAGCCUGCAAAGAAGUGAAACGAAAACUGAAGACAUUUGGUCAUGUGACCAUCUGCGGGGCUUCUGGAGAAGGCAAGACAACGAUGGCUCUGGUGUUGGGUUCACAGUAUAGUUCUAAGGGCUACGAGGUCGUGUUUGUGGACAACCUGGAGAAGUUUGACUUAGACCUCUGUCUGAGUAGACACCCCAGAGUAUUUCUCAUAGUAGAUGACAUGUUUGGUACUGUUGGAUUAUCUGCGAAUACUUCACAGGUGAAAUCCUUUCUAAACAAUCUUCUCCUCCAUUUAGAACAAAAGCAGCCAGCAGGGGAACUGCAGUCAGAAGAAGAUGACGGAGAUAAAUCCAGAAAGAAAGUGCAGGGCCAAAGAGAAAGUCAAGCAAAGGAUGUUCGUGUUAUCUUCACGUCAAAGUCAUACAACUUCCAUGAUGGACUUGCAAAACUGCAGUACUACAGUUUCAAACUGUUCAAGAGUCAGACAGUAAUGGAUUUAACUACACAAGAUAAAUACUGGCUUUCUGACACCGAGAAAAGGACAAUAUUUGAACGACACAGGAAUGCUCUUGGUGACUGCUCAAUGCAGCAUAUACCUGAUUACAGUGAGCUGGAAAUCAAUUCAAAUAUCUUUGGAUUCCCUCUUAUUUGUAAACUUUGUUUUGAAUUUUCAUCAUUCUUCAAAAAUGCAAAAUCAUUUUUCAAGGAACCACUGUUUUAUCUUAGGUUAGAACUAAAGCAUUUGCUUGAAGAGAGAAACGAUCGAUCAGCCAUUUUGGCUCUGAUGCUACUGUGUGAAAACAAAUUGGACCUGACCAAGUUAGACAGUGGAGGUGAGGACAAGAAAAUGGACAGCCUGGUCAAAACUGUUUUACAGCUGAUGGCUGAUGCUACACGUUCAGGCAUGUACAAAGCAGCUAAAAGUUUGAGAGGUACAUUCUUCACCAGAGGAGACACUGUUGGCUUUGCUCAUUCUUCAAUCUAUGAUGCUUGUGCCUGUGCCUUGUACAAUAUCAGUCCAGUCUUUGUUUUGAAGCACUGCAGUGAUGACUUUCUGUUUGAAAGACUACAAGGUGAUAAGGUUGAUGAAACGAAAGUUGACGAUCAUCUCCAUUUGAUAUAUGUCUCAGAGAAUUAUGAUGACCUCAUAACCACAAGGUUUGCACAGUCAAUUAAACAAGGACAGUUUUCUAAAUCAGUGACACAUCCAAUUCUCAAACAAGACAGAAUAGUUUCUAUUUUGCUCAGCAAACUUCAGUGUGAUGGGACAAAACAUCUCCAUCAGGAUUCUAUGGAGGAACCGUGGCUUCACAGGAAAGAGAAAGGAAAAUAUUUUCUGUACUGGGCUGCUCUUGGACAUAAUGCACAUCUAGUCACAGAUAUAGAACACACAACUGGAGAAGAGUUCACUCAAGGAGAGAUCAGUGAGGCAAUGGAAGGAUGUGCACAAAGCAACAAUGUGACAGUAUUGAAAUGGUUGUUCACCAGGAGUGAAAAACAUGACCAUCUAUUGACACUGAACAGACUUUUGCUGGUAGCAGCUGAAAAUGGCAGCUCGGACACACUUGUAUGUCUACUGCAGGAAGGCGCUGAUAUUUACACAAGUGACAAGAACAUGCAAAAUGUCUUUCAUCUGGUCUGCAAGUCAGGAAUGGAAAAAUCCCUCAAAGUCUUGUUAAACUGGAAACCAGGGAAUAAUGUUAUAAACUCUAUUGAUGUGAAUGGCAGAACCCCUGUCAUGGUUGCAGCACACACAGGAUCAGAGGGAUGUUUUCAGUUACUGAGCAAAGUAUCACAAAUGGAUGUGAUAGACAAGAAUAGAUAUGAAAUUAUUCACCUUGCCUGUGCUGGCGUGGAUGUGACGUCACUACACACGACUCAGGGAACAGGCAUGGAUGUGACGUCACUACACAUGACUCAGGGAACAGACAUGGAUGUGACGUCAUUAAACAUGACUCAGGGAACAGGCAUGGAUGUGACGUCACUAUACAUGACUCAGGGAACAGGCGUGGAUGUGACGUCACUACACAUGACUCUGGGAACAGGCAUGGAUGUGACGUCACUAAACAUGACUCGAGGAACAGGCAUGGAUGUGCUGUCACAAUACAUGACUCAGGGAACAGGCAAGGAUGUGACAUCACUUCACAUGACUCUGGGACAGGCAUAG